AUGUCAUAUUUGGGUCCGGCCACAGAGAGCGAGGGUCAGUCGCGCGCCGCUCCUGAUCACCCGCAAGAGUCAGAUCUAUCUCAACCCCAGGCACUCCACAACAGCGAGGGAUUCGAUGAACCUAUUUCUUUCAAGCCGAAGCGACAGCGUCAAUCCCGCUUCAGUAUCUCAACCCUUUUCACAAGUACCGCCAGCGGUUCGAAUGCAGGACUUGGGAUUUCCACCGCCCCCGAUGGAGCAAAUGGCGAUGCUUCCCCCCUAGAUGCUUUCCCUCCGCCAGGAUUCAAUGGAAACGUCCAGUCCUCGAAAGAUGGAUUGCCCAUGGAUUGGUACGUGGAAGGCCCAGGUCGCCGUGUAGGCUAUGACGACUUCACUGCAAUCGAUUGGAUUUACGAGUAUACGAAGGAGAGGCAGCGGAAACGCUUGCUUUAUUCCGGUGGGCUUCUGGGACACGGGCGUCUUCUAUUGGAAGCCAGCAAUAUCUGGUUCAUUUUAAUCGCAACUGGCGUCGCAGUUGGAAUCAUUGCUGCCUCAAUCGACAUUGCAACCGACUGGCUCGGGGAUCUCAAGAUGGGGUACUGCAAAAAUGGCAAUGGGGGAGGAAGAUUCUACUUGAACAAAAGUUUUUGCUGUUGGGGACUCGAUGAUCAGACGAAAUGUCAAGACUGGACUCCAUGGGGCAGUGCUCUAGGUGUUUCUUCCAAGGGAGGGCGAUAUACCAUUGAGUUCAUGUUCUAUAUCGUGUUUUCAGUACUAUUCGCAUCAGCUGCUUGUCUCUUGGUUCGGAAGUUUGCCAUAUAUGCUAGGCAUAGUGGUAUUCCUGAAAUAAAGACAAUCCUUGGCGGAACUGUGAUUCGGCAUUUCAUGGGCCCCUGGACCCUCACCAUAAAGUCACUUGGCCUAGUGAUGUCUCGCAGUUGCAUCCGGCCUUUGGCUCGGGAAAGAGGACCGCUUGUUCAUGUGGCUUGCUGUUGUGCUAAUAUCAUGAUGAAGCCGUUUGAUAGCCUGUAUAGUAAUGAGGCACGCAAACGUGAGGUUCUCUCCGCAGCCGCAGCCGCAGGCAUAUCUGUGGCAUUCGGUGCACCUAUAGGGGGUGUUCUCUUCAGUCUCGAGCAAUUGUCGUAUUACUUUCCCGACAAAACAAUGUGGCAGAGCUUUGUCUGUGCUAUGGUUGCUGCGGUUACAUUACAAGCUUUGAACCCAUUCCGCACCGGGAAAAUCGUACUCUAUCAAGUUACCUACACUCGAGGAUGGCAUCGGUUCGAGAUCAUUCCUUUUAUUAUCCUCGGUAUAGUUGGGGGCCUGUUCGGCGCUUUUCUGAUCCGUGUCAACAUCAAGAUUUCUCGAUGGAGACAAUCUCGAUCGUAUUCGAAGCCUCUCCUUGAGGUGGCAGCAAUUGCCCUCCUAUCGGCCUUGAUCAACUUCCCGAACCAUUUCAUGAGGGGACAAAACUCGGAGCUUGUGCAGGCCCUAUUUGCCGAAUGCAGCAACGACACAUUCGAUCAAUUUGGACUCUGCACUAGCGCUGGUAUUAUCCUCCCGUCUAUGGCCAUUGGUGCUCUGUAUGGCCGUGCUUUGGGAAUGGUAGUUCGGCUGUGGCAGGAGACUUAUCCCAACGCUCUGAUAUUUGCGAGGUGUGAGCCUGAUAUCCCGUGCGUAACUCCUGGACUUUACGCAAUCAUCGGCGCGGCCUCGGCGCUUGGCGGCGCCACUCGAAUGACUCUAUCCAUCGUGGUUAUCAUGUUCGAGCUGACAGGUGCUCUCACAUACGUGAUUCCAAUCAUGAUAGCGGUAAUGCUUUCAAAGUGGUGUGGUGAUAUUUUCGGGAAGCGUGGUAUCUAUGAAUCAUGGAUCCAACUGAAAGAAUACCCAUUCCUCGACCACCGUGAUGAUACGAACCCACCAGAUGUUUCUGCUAGUCGAGUGAUGACGACCGUUGAUGACUUAUCCGUGAUCACCGCUACCGGUCACACGGUUGGCUCUCUCCGAGCCAUGCUUAGCAACACCAGUUACCGCGGAUUCCCAGUCAUCACCGAGACUUCGUCUCCCAUCCUUCUGGGUUAUAUCACCUGCAAAGAGCUGUCAUUCGCUCUUACGUCACCGAGUUCUCCAAGCAACCGGAAUCAUUCAGAUGUUACUCCAGUGUAUUUUGUACAUCAACCUUUUGCCGACCCCCUUGACACUCUUGAUCUUCGACCAUGGAUGGAUCAGACCCCGAUCACACUAAACAGCAACAUCAGCUUCUUAGUUGUGAUGCGAAUGUUCCAGCGUCUUGGUCUCCGCUACGUCAUUUUCGCGAACAAGGGAAUAUUACAAGGCCUGUUGACGAAGAAGGACGUGUGGGCUGUGCUUAACGGCGUUGAGUUUCGGUGGCAAGAAGCUCUUCGAGGGGAGGAUUUUCAGGGCCCUCAGAAUGCUGAAGAAGUUGGCUUAUUAGAAGGCGAUGAUCGAAGCAGUUUUGGGAACUCGGUGCCGCCUGCAGCACCUGAGUGCUUCGGUCACUUCAUCACAGAAAGCGGCCCCUACGCUCUCAAAUACCGCGAUCUAGAUGAAGACCUCCAUUCCUGCAUUCUGGAACAGCUCGAACGAAAUAACAUGAACAACCGAGCAAACAUCAUGUCCUUCAUCGAACACUUCUGCGAAAUGGCUACCAGAGAAGACCACCUUCCCUACGUGCGAAUGAUCCAGCGCGAUAUCGUCCGAAUCGUCGAUGCUGUAGUCCCGGCCGACGGGUCCGGUGUUGCAAACUUGAGGCACGUCCGACGGGUCCUCAGCAAUAUGGCAGCAAGAUCCGUCCUCUCAGUUGCCACCAUGACCGAGCUUGAAGCUGCCCUGAAAGACCGCGAGUCGGAGAUUACUCAUGAUCUGGAACAAGAGAAUGGGUCUGAUGAGAACCCCCAGUCAAAAAACGGCACUCCCCGAAAUCCCAAGGCUUCUGGCAUGCGUCUUGACAAGCGACAGAUCGAACAGCGCAUUGAAGAGGACCGGGAGCGGAAUAAGCGGUUGAGGGAAAGUAUGUGGGCCGUGACUGGUGACUAUGUCGAAGAGGCUCAGAAUGAACAGGACGGGGUCAGCGAUAUUGGGGAGGAUGACUAUUCCAAUGCUCAAGAGGAAGCUGAAAAUCGCCGGACGGCUAUCCCCACCUAG